AUGAAGGUUUCUAGGCAUACCGUUCUUUUAAACAUUAUCUUAAUCGUUAGCUUAUUAGGAUGUGUUUUAACUCUUAACCUUUUUUCUGCAAAUGAUGAUAAGAGAGCGUUGAAGGAUAUCGACAGAACAUUAGAAAAACUUUUGAAGAAAAAGAAAAUCAUCAUAUCUACUGCUGCUGUUGCUUUGGCUAUAACCUUAGGUGGUUUAUUUGGAAGUUUAGGAUAUAAGAGCUGGAAAAACAAAAAC